AUGAUUUCACAUUCCUCUCGUGUUCAAAGAUCCUUUUUUCUUCAUCUUGCUUUGUUUGUGAGUUUUCUCUGUUUGGUGAUUGGUGGUAGUGCCAGUUGUUGUUGGGCACAAGAAACAAACAGAGUGGCUCUCAAUCCUUCCACUCUUCAAUCAUGGGAACUGGCAUCCUCUUUGAGUUUUUGCAAGAGAAAACUUGUCGUAUCUCCAUCCUCCACUCCAUCUGGAGGAUCAGAUUCUCAACAAGGAAGUUCUUCAGGAAGUGUCCUUUCUGCAGUCUCGAUCACCAGCAGGUUAGUGUGCAGCAGUAGUAGUGGAAGUAGUGGAAGUAGUAGCAGUGGUAGUAGUGGUAGUAGUAGCAUCACAUCCAAACAACAACCCUUACCGGAAGUGCAACAAGCCAUUCAAGGAGAAGCUCCUCUCGAAUCGAUUGCCUUUUUAGCAGGUUUGGAUAAGAGUGGAUUCAGCACUGGCGUGUUAGGUCUUAAAGUGACAGAACAGGGAGCAGUGAAUGGUGUCUUGGAACUCUUCUCUCUCGUGAAAUUGACAGUCUUGGAAAAGAGUAAGCAAUCUCAAUCGCAAACUUCGGGAAUUCCACCUUUACUAUUCCCCAACACAGCUGGAAUUCUAAAAACCAUUCCCUUCACUAAUACUUCACUUCAAAACAUAAGAACUGCCUAUGGAACAAAGGUUGUUGGUGGAGGAAAUAGCAAGGUCAUGUAUUAUUCUGCAAAUGCCGAUUCAGAGAUUGGACGUUUGACAGCCACUUGUUUUGUGGCAGAAGAACCCACCAUUAUGAAUAUCAAUCUCAUUCCUUCUUCUUCCACAAUUUUUUCCAAUAAGAACAACAUCCUAUUGUUACCAGAGAGUUUGUUGUUGAUUUUCAGUAUUGACAAUUUCAAUGCACAACGUGUCAUGCAAUCUGUGAAUAUGAAUUCCGCUGAGAACUUGGAACUUGUGUUGUCUUCUGAGCUUGGUGUCUUGGGAGCCUUGAACAUGGCACAACAGCUACAACAACAACAAAAACAGCAAUCUGUUCCCGAUCUUCCUUACAAUCCAGAUGAGAAUCGCCACGUCUAUAGCAUUACCAGCCAAACUCCCACCGUUCCAAAGGGUUAUUUGACCAUUCCUGCAGCUGCUGCCUUUGGUGCCUAUUCAGGUAGUUCUGGUGGUGGUGCUGAGAUUAGUAAAUUCAUUACAACCACUCAAGUCACUGCAACCGUGCGUUUGGGACAGGGAGGCACAACCACUUCAAGUUCAGGUCAAUCUCAAACUUCAGAGACGACACCAAGUAGUGGAAGUAGUGGAAUUAGUGGAGGUGAAUCCGAGCAGCAACAACCACCAGGAACAGGUACUAGUAGUAACACCCGAAUCGAUUACUCUCGUUUGGAUGUUCACAUUCCUUUGUCAUCUUUGACAGAGAGUGAAAUGUCUCAGGACAGUUUCAUCAUGUGGGGACCAGUGUAUUUGGGUCAUGUAGAACAACAGGGAAGUUCUUGUAGUUGCAAUACACCUCAACUACAACAACAACCUCAACAACAAUAA